CCUAUUUCACCUUACCUUCAAAUUGUGAGUUCACUUCGAAUGUAGGUGUGUACUAGGGUAUUCAAACAUGCUGGGUUUCAUCGCGACACUUUUUGUGGCUUACUCUUUCACUUCAUAUAUUCUGCUAAGGAGACCGAUCAUAUUUCUCAGAAGAAAGCGGCUUCCUUUCGAAGCUUCUCAUAUUAGUCAUCGGGGUGGUUCAGGAGAACAGAUUGAAAAUACUUUAGAAGCUUUCAGUAGUUCUUUGCUUGUUGGCACAAAUAUGCUCGAGACUGAUUGUCAUAUCACGAAAGAUAAUCAGGUUGUCGUAUUUCAUGAUGAUACGCUAGAUCGUUCUACUGGCGUGUCGGGUUUAGUGAAAGAAUUUUCAUACGAAGAAUUACCUACAUACCUUAAAGUAAUUGAAGUUCAAUUCACCCCAGGUUCCUUUUGUAUUGCGGAGUCUCCCUCAUCAUAUAAAAUUCCACGACUAGAGGACUUGUUUAAUAAGUUUCCAAAUACCCCCAUCAAUAUUGAUAUUAAAGUUAAUGACAAUCUACUCAUCAAUGAGGUUGCCCGCCUUACUGAAACUUACAAUCGAGAGCAUAUAACUGUAUGGGGGUCAAUGAAUUCAAAAGUAUCAAAAAAAUGUGAAUUACGCAAUAAAAACAUUCUCACUUUUGCUCCGAUUUCGUAUGUAAUAUGGAUAAUGGCGUGUUAUGUUGUGGGACUACUCCCUUUCGUACCUAUAAAAUAUGAUUGUUUUGAACUACCUUUAGUUUCUGUUAUUCGAUCUAACGAGUUUGCCAGACGACGUCAUUGGGAUCGUUUUCUACCUCAUACAGCUCUUCUACUCUCAGAUUUAGUGUCACUUGAAAGACAUGCGUCGAAUCAAAUUGAUACUUUAAAAAUGAAUAUCUGCGACUUCGAAAGGAAUCUUCUUCAAAGACAAUAUUCCGUUAAAAACCUUCCUUCAGAGCUUCAGUCAAUGUUUAUGGAUUAUGUGGGGAAAAUUUCCAAGAAUAGAUCUGAGAAAACUUUAACAAAAUUAAUGAAAACUUUGGAAAACCAAAAGCCAGAAAAGGAGUUCCCUUUCGACCCGAAACGCGUAUUAUCGUCACCUUUGUUCAUCGAACAUCUACGAAAACGUGGACUUCCGGUAUUCUUCUGGGUGUGUAACAAUGAAGAGGAUAUGCAGAAAGCUUUCGAACUUGGAGCUUCAGGUGUUAUGACGGAUUAUCCCAGAAAACUAACGGAAUUCCUGAAGAAGCAUCCUGAGUAUCCGAAAGUUCUUUAAAUUAUUUAACAUCCUCGCUUUAAUAAAACAUUGGACUUCAUUUCUGUUCAUAUCCUGUGUCUUAAGAAUUCCUGAUUUGAAUUAAACGUGCUUAUUUUGUAAAUGACGUUGAAUUUAUAUGAACAUUAGUCAUUUUCAUUAUUUUCAGAUCGGAACACUUCACUUGGUAAAUAAUAAUCACGAGUUCACAGGCCUAAAAAUACUUCAUGUUAUCGAUGCAUAAA